GACCGUGAAAAUGCAAAUGUGGCUUGUUUAACCUUAAACAAGCCAAUCAUCUGCCAUCUCCAACAACAACCUACAGAAGCAUAAGGCUACAUAUAUCUAAUGGCGCCUUUAACUAAAGUCCUAUCAGUUGAGCGGGUGAAGAUGCCUGGAUGCGAGGCCAGGGAUAGCAGCUACACUCUGUUUCUUCUCUACGCUGGCCUUGGGACUUCAAUACCUGGCUGCUUAAGCACUAUAAUAGCCCAAGUGAGGAUAUUGACAAUUAGCUGAACGAUUUAUCUAAAUUCUUUUUUCUGCCUGAUUAAUCAGAGUGAUGAGGCUUAUCGGAGCCCGUUGCCGUUUGUCAAAGUCGAAUCUGGUCUGCGGAAUAUCGUCAUCCUCAUCGCGACCGGCCUAAACGCAGAUGAAGCUUUCUGGCUAUGCAUUGGAGAACGUCUAGGUUGAAUCCAAAUGGACACACUCAGGGUGUUGCGUUGACUAUGAUAUUAACAAGUACUAAAGUGUCAAGGCUAAACUGAACUGCGUAAUAUAGCUCAAGAUUCGCAUAAACGAUGUGGCUGCACGCACCUUGAACAUUGACGAUUCCGCUGAUACGCCGUAUGGCUCUACGUCGCAUUCAGCUUGAGUUGCCGAUAUCUUCCUAAAG